UAGGGGGGGACUAUGGUUCAAUAGUAAUUCAAUAUUAACCAGAAAGGCUCAUGUAAAGUGUGCUUCGGGGGAGGGGGUGUUUGGUGAAGAUUUGAGGUGGGAUUUUAGGCAGGCAGUGGUUCAGUGAGGAUCCAGCCAUCCGAGACGAUGAGCAGAAUAGCAGUAUCUGUCCUCUUUGUACUUCUGUCUGCUUUCUUUCACGCUGCAGUUGGUGAAAAAGUAUUUCUCGAUCCCAAAUCGGCCUCUCAAGUCUUCAUCCGACCGAGGCGAGCCAAUACAUUGCUAGAGGAAGUCAAGCCGGGGAAUUUGGAGAGAGAGUGCAUUGAGGAGGUCUGCAACUAUGAGGAAGCACGCGAGGUGUAUGAGAACGUUGACACUGCGGGGACGUUUUGGCACAUAUACGAAGUUUGUACAGGCACCAAAAUGCUGAGGAGCAAAGAAAGUUUAAGUGUACUCAGAGCAUGUUUGGAUUCCAAUGGAACUUGCAUUAUGGGAAUUGGACUGAAUUACCAGGGGAAUUCUGCAGUGACAAUAUCAGGGAAGACCUGUCAGUACUGGAAAAGUAAUUUCCCACACAAAAUCACGGAGUUUAACGUUUCACUUGAUGCGAGCCUGACACAGAACCACUGUAGGAACCCUGACAAGAGCCCCGAAGGACCAUGGUGCUAUACUCGGGAUCCCACUGUUAGGAAGGAGAAGUGCCAUAUUCCCAAAUGUGGGGUACCCUUUGUUCCCUUACCAUCCCAGCCUGCUACAGAGUCAAAAACACCCACCAAGAAGGAAUGCUUGAAAAAUAAUGGCCUGGACUACACAGGAACCCUCUCUCUCACUAAGAGAGGCUUCAAAUGUCUCCCUUGGUCUUCCCCAAAAGCCGUCACCCUCAGAACCAAGGCAGACUUCAUCCCAGAAGUAACAUUGGUGCAGAACCACUGCAGAAACCCUGAUGAUGACUUUGAGGGACCCUGGUGCUUUGUGGAUUUCCCCAAUGUCACUAUGGAUUACUGCGAUCUGGAUAUGUGUGAUGAUCCCCUGAAAAAUUUUGAUGAGGAGGCUGUAGGGCAAAAAAGGACUUUUGAUUCUGGACCACGUAAAGCCUUCUUUGAUGCCAACAGUUUUGGUAACGGAGAAUUAGAGUGUGGAGACCGGCCGAUGUUCGAAAAAGAAAAUAAACAGGAUCAAAAUGAAAAAGAACUGCUGGAAUCAUACGGAGGAUCCCGAAUCGUCAAAGGCUUGGAUGCAGAAGUUGGUAGUGCACCAUGGCAGGUGAUGCUGUAUAAGAAAAGUCCCCAGGAACUUCUGUGUGGAGCCAGUCUGAUAAGCUCUGAAUGGGUCCUCACAGCAGCCCAUUGCAUCCUCUACCCGGCCUGGGGCAAGAACUACACCACAGAUGACAUUCUCGUACGCCUUGGCAAACAUUCCCGCACCAAGUUUGAGCAAGGCGUAGAAAAAAUCGCAGCCAUCGACAAGAUAAUUGUCCACCCGAAAUACAACUGGCAGAAAAACCUGAACAGAGACAUUGCUCUGUUACACAUGAAGAAGCCUGUUACCUUCACAACGCGAAUCCACCCCAUCUGUCUUCCAAACAAGGGAACUACAAGAAUGUUGUUAUUUUCUGGAUACAAGGGUCGGGUGACUGGUUGGGGAAACCUGAAGGAGACGUGGACCCCCGACCAAUAUUCACUGCCCUCCGUCCUGCAACAGAUCCACCUACCCAUAGUGGAACAGGACACCUGUAGGACCUCCACCAACAUCCCCAUCACAGACAACAUGUUCUGUGCAGGAUACAAACCAGAAGCUUCUACUAGAGGUGAUGCCUGUGAAGGAGACAGCGGAGGUCCGUUUGUUAUGAAGAAUCCAGAUGACAACCGGUGGUACCAGAUAGGAAUCGUCUCAUGGGGAGAAGGUUGCGAUAGGGAUGGAAAAUACGGAUUUUAUACCCACGUAUUUCGCAUGAUGAGGUGGCUAAAGAAAGUCAUCGAAGGUUCUUCUACUGAUAUUGAUUAAUAUGUUUUUCUUUAAUUAAAUGUUUUGCUGUUUAGGACAAUAAGCAAUAAAGGUGAGAGUGAUUGUU